AUGGCCCAGAAUAUCAAUAAUGUUGCCAAUAAUAAUCUGAAUCAGGGUAAUGCAGGGAACGCUGCAGCUGAGGCAGACUUACCUCUGAGGGACUAUGUACUCCCUACUGUUACAGGGGUACAUUCUAGUAUUCGCCCACCUACUAUGGAGGCGAAUAAUUUAGAGAUCAAGCCCUCAUUAAUUCAAAUAGUUCAUAAUUGUGUUCAGUUUGGGGGGCUACCUAAUGAGGAUCUGAACCUCCAUAUUACCAACUUUUUGGAGUUAUGUGAUACUUUCAAAAUGAACGGAGUUAGUAAUGAUGCAAUUCGUUUAAGGUUAUUUCCGUUUUCAUUGAGAGACAGGGCUAAAAGUUUGUUGAUUUCACUGCAAGCCAAUUCCAUUCUGACAUGGGAAGAUCUUGCUCAAAAAUUUCCCGCUAAGUACUUGCCUCUUGCUAAAUCAGCACGGAUUAGAGGUGAAAUAAAUAAUUUCUGUCAAUUUGAGGGGGAAUCUUUAUAUGACGCUUGGGAGAGGUUUAAAGAGCUGCUGCGAAAAUGUCCACAUCAUGGUAUAGUAAAAUGGAUGUUGGAGCACACUUUCUAUAAUGGACUGAAGGGAAACAUAAGAACUAUCAUAGAUGCAGCAGCAGGUGGAGAAUUUAUGAGAAAAAGCGCUAACGAAGCUUACGAGCUUUUAGAGGAAAUGGCCAUGAAUAAUUAUAAUUGGCCAUCUCAGCGAGAAAAUAAGAAGGUGGCAGGAGUUCUAGAAGUUGAUCCUAUUGCUAUGCUCACUGCUCAAAUUGUUUCGCUAACAAAACAAAUACAACAACAAAGCAACAACUCAGCUCAAGCGAUGCAAUUACAACCUGCCCCUAUCAGUUGUGAGACAUGUGGAGGCCCUCAUCACUUUCAGCAAUGUCCUGCGAUGAGUUCUUAUUCGGUUGAUGAUAUCCCACUUGAACAGGUUCAAGCCAUAGGAAUUUUCCCAAGGCAACCUAAUAAUAACCCAUACCCUAACAACUAUACCCCAACAUAUAAGAACCAUCCUAAUUUGUCAUGGAGUAAUAAUCAAGGGCACCAACCACAAUACCAUCCAAAUCCACCUCAAUAUCCUCCACAUAGACCAUCUUAUGGGCUAAUCCCAAGGCCCUUUUAUGAUACUCAAAGGCCACAAAUGCCACCACAUCAACAACCACCGCCUCACAUGACUAAACCAGAGGUAUCCGCUGAUUCAUUGAACCAAUUUAUGACAGAAGCAAGAUCCUCUAUUCGGAUUUUAGAAACACAAGUUGGCCAACUUGACAAGUUAAUGGCGAAUCGUAAUCAAGGGGCUUUGCCUAGUUCAACUGUGGUGAACCCAAAAGAGCAAUGUCAAGCAGUCACUUAG